UGUGUAGUUCCAUUUUAGUAGACAACAGAGAUCCAUAGUUUUUACCAAGUUGACAUUAGUUAUUGUUAAGACGUGGCGACAGUCAGGAUGUUAUUAAGAGCAGUGAUAAUUUGUUGUACGAUAGUUGUAAAUGCGGAGCCACCUCUUAAUAGCUAUUCUUUUACUGGAGAUAGCAAUGGGUAUGAUUACAGUAACACCGCUAAUAAUGCGUAUUUACAAUCUAAGAAUAGCUAUCAAAACGAUGGAAACUAUUACGGUACUGGAGAUGGAAGUCACAAAUUAUCCGAUCAUGUCAGCGGUCAAUCGUUAAUCAAUGUCGGUAAUCAGGGCAAUAUAGGAAGCGACAUUGGAAAAAAUUACAACGAAUAUGCCGCAAAUAUUCCCAGAAAUGAAUAUGCAGGAUACUCCAAUACUUAUGGGAAUUCUGAUAGUGAUUCUUACACUUCGCCUACUCGUGCAGCAACUAAUACACUGUUCAGUGGAUUAGAUUCUAAUUCUAACAACAAUGCGGAAUCAACGUUUAACGCGUAUUCAAGUGCUCCAAUUUACAAGGAUUCCGAUUUCAGCCAAUUCGCGGCUAGCAGCACUAGUAGUAAAAGAGUGCCUGCUUAUUCUGAAUAUUCGAGGCCAGCUAUAGAAAAUUAUUCCGGAGAUUCCGUUAACAGCGAUGUACAAGGAUAUCUUGGUUCGUCUAGCUCCUCGAGUUAUUCUGAAAAUGAUCACGUUUAUCCCCCUUAUUUGCCAGGCGGUUUGACUAGCGAAUACUCAUUUGGAAAGCAGAAAAACGUUCUGUACAAUCUAAAAGACAGCAAUAAGUACAAUGAUAUCUAUUCGAUACCAUCCGAGACGCGUUUCACGCGGGGAAACGUGGGACACGUGAGCCAUAAUCACGAUGUUUCACCGUAUAUAUCGGGUUCUAGGCCGAGUGGUCAUUUCUUGAAGACACAUACUUCUGGUAUUUACUCCGUAGGAAAACCGAAUAAAUAUAGUUACAAGUAUUUGUCUCGCUAUGCUCCGAAUAGCGGCGUAACUUACUCGAGAGAACGCAAUGGUUAUUAUGCUCCUUACGGUAAAGAUAGUAGAAAAAUUAUUAUAAUUAAAGACGGCAGACCGAAUUACACAGGUCGCGUUUACUCUGAUGAGUCGGGUUACGCGAGUAGCAACGGUAGUUACAGAAGUAAGAGCGGUACUUUCAUGAACGGUUAUUCCGCUUCGAAUUUUGAUGCAUAUAGUGGUAGUAAUAGUAAUAGUAAUUAUAAUGACAAUCCCACUGUGUCAAGACGAUAUAGAAUCAGCGGCCCAAUGCUUAUGAAAAGAGCUAUUCCUGCUUAAUAUUUUUAUAAGGUAAUAUUUAAAAAGUAUAAUAUAUAUACACACAAUGAUGUGUUUGAGAUCUGUGUAUAUAGAUGCAUAUUUAUUUUAUAAGUAUUUUAAUAGGAAUAUUUGCAUUUUGAUGCAUUAUUCAAAAUAAAA